AGGUCUUUUUUACUUUCAUAUGGUAGCUUCUGUUCAGUUGGUGCUGCUUUUUUUAUUUAUUCCUACGUGAGCAGACCCAGUACACUUCUGGCAUAUAAACAGUGAAAAUUACAACAUAAACAAUUACUUAUUCCUGCUUUUGGAGUAACAUUUGUGCUACUCAGAGUUUUGGCUAUCUGUAGGAGUCUAAAAGGAAUAUUUCCAGCAGGUAAUAACAGAUCUUUCAGAAAAAAAAUACUUCUAUGUUUUUCUGCAAAGACAGGCUUUCGGAGACCAAAAAUAUUUCUGGAUCUCAUCUUUAUCACUCAGUUCGCCAGACGUCCUUAACCCCACAGUUCUGUGAACAAGAUCAAGGAAUACACUUAAAUAAUUUGCUUCCAGUUAAUCCUGUUGGAUGUGUUACUUUCAUUUGGACACAACUCUCUGGUUUCUGUUCAGCUACUUAAGAUUAGUUUCAAGAGUAGCAGUGAGAAGAUGGGACAACAAGAAGAAAAACCCCUAAAGAAAAAGUCUCAGUUUAUUGUUAAAGGAUAUGUUCCAGCAAAACUAUGCAUCAGGGAGGCAAAUGCCCCAAACUGCUAUUAUGCUUGUUAUUUAUAUUCUAUGCAAAGACAAAAUAUCUGGAAUCAGAUAUUUAAGUUGUAAGUUUACUAUUUAAGUCAUAAAAUAAUAUUUUAAUAAAAGAGUAAUAAAGAAAAACCCAAACACCGGGAAUUGCUAGCAAAAAUAUACAUGGCAAGUCCACAUAAAAUGAAAAGUUAGGUUUUCACCUAAUAACAAUAGAAUCUGUGGCCUCAAGCCAAAUGUUGCUCAAAUGACCAAAUGAAAUGGGUCGCAAAGAAACACAUUAUCUGCCUACACUAAAUUGCGACUCAAUGGCUCAGCAAGGCAUCAAAGUGCGCCCUGUGCUGCUGAAGCGGAACAGUCUGGAUUCAGUGGAUUUUAGGAGGCAGCCCCACCAUCGCAGGAGCAAAUCUCAACAAGUCCGGUUCAAAGACGAUGGAACAGACAACCCACCUGUGGCAGAAUCAGAACUGGAGACAGGAGCUGCUCAAGACCCAUGUGAACUGGGUAAAACACAAACGUCCCUAGUCAGUGGUUCCUGUCUCCCUCCCUCUCACAAAGGAUUACAAAACAUUGCCAUACAGACUUCUCCCAGCCUCAGGAAGCACUUUCCAGUAUUUAAAAAGAAAAUCACAACAAGCAAGUCCUUAACAGAAAUGCCGAAUGAAUCUGAAUAUUCAAUUCAAGUCAAUGGCAAUCUUUCUGAGCAGGACAUAAUCUCUUCCAGUCUCUCUUACCUAAGUAUCACUCAGCAUUUAGAUGAUGGACCAAGAGCGGCCAGUCGGCUGUUUCAGAGGGUGCCUAAAGCACAAAGCAAUGGGCCUGUCCAUUUGGUUUCGGAUAAAAUUACAAUACUGGAAAAGGCAACUGUUUCUACCCAGGCCCCUGAAUACACACACCUGGGUUCUGCACAAGACAGUUUUUCCAUUUAUGGCCCACAACAAAUGGACAUCAGUAGCCCAGUUCAUUCUUCUACAACUGUCAGACAAUCCAAUGAGAUCUGUUCAGUGCACAUGGGCUCAGAGAAAUCUCUCCCCUGCAUAAGUAGUAACUGCAAUGAAGCCAGUGUGGAUCAUAGUUCCUAUGAAGAAAAAAACUAUACUGAGCUACUUGCAUUUAAGGAUGACACUAGCACUAAGGAAACCAUUCUGUCAUCGCCUCAGCUACACCACAGUUCAUUCUGCUGCUCCCUCCAAGAACAUCAGCAGCCAAUACAGCAGAAAACAGACUCUGACCAUAAGACAUUGACUAAUGAUAAACAAACAACAUCGUUCACUAACAACAAUGCAUCACCUUCUGUUCCCUCAUGUCAAACUGUAACAGAGAACGUUUCUACCAAUACCGAAGUGCCACAGUAUGACAACUGCUUAGAAGGCUUUCACAUAAAUGCCUAUCUUCCAGGGGCUGAAAUAAAACCACACAACAAAGAGAUUAAAGAAAUUAAUCAAAUUCACUUGGCACACAGCGAGCUGUGUGCCCUGCAAGACAGGCUCCAGUCCGUUGAGGAAUCUUUGCAGUCGAACCAGGAGAAGAUUAAAGUACUUUUGAAUGUAAUUCAAGAUAUGGAAAAGGCCAGAGCCCUCAAUGAAGGGCGGAACUUCUACCGCACUGGCCAAGAUCUCAAUAACUGCAGCACUUGCCAGAACACGGCAUGUAUCAUUUACAGUGUAGAAUAUGACUUCAGACAACAGGAAGGCAGGUUUCACCAGGUUCUGAAAACACUGGAUCAAGUAGAAGAAUGCCCUCCUGUAGUGGCUCUACAAAGGCAACCAUCUGAUCAUCCAGUCACUGAGAAACAGGAAAUAAGAAGAAAGUCAAAGAAAAAGAGAUGCUUCUGGUGGAUUUGAAAGCCUUAAGAACUGGGUGCACAUUCCUGGAGGCUGCUGGCACUGGCAUGGAGACUCUCCAUGUGCUUGGUCCAAUCCAUGUGGUAAGUGCCAAUGUUAUAGCUCCUGUCACCAGAGGGAAACAUUUUUCAGUGGCUUCUAAAAACAGCAGGAGUUCCUUGAAUGCUGGGAGUCAGGAAAGGAACCGAUCACUGGAUACCUCUCUGUGAACUGCAGGACAGCUUCACAUUGUUGAUAACAGAUAACACUGCACAUGACCAGCUAAGAGCUGGCAGAGGAGGAUUUUUCAUUUUUGUGGCUACAGAAGUAAGUUUCUGUGAUGCUAAGAGAAACAAAUGAGACCCAAUCAAGUUUUCUAAGAUGUGUUUCUUAGAUCACAC